AUGGAUUGUCUUGUUCAUUCGAUCUGGAUAUCGUUAUGCAUUCUUCUAUCACUCAUAUCAGAAUGUUUUGCUGUUCCAACGGCUAGUGCUACUUGUGGAGCCUGUACAAUGGUUGUAACGGAAAUGGAAAUAAAGAUCGCUGAAUUAGAAGAAAAGCGAGGAAAAAAUUCUUACUGGCCGAGUGGAACGAAGAAUCAAAACUUUACUGAUAAAGGGUCAUUAUUGAGGUCCGAAAUUCAAUUAUCAGAAAUCUUGGAGACAGUUUGUGAUAAAAGUUCAGAAUGGACAGCUGUGAUACAUCCUAGGACCGGAAAAGGUGUUUAUGCGCGUCGUGCAACAUUGAAAUUGAAACAAGUACCCGAACGUCUAACCAUCCACCAGUUUGAAGAUGCGUGCAGUGAUUUUUUGGAUUCAUAUGAGGAUCAGUUAAUUAAAUUCUCAGGCAAAAAGUGUGAGGAACCAGUGCGUCAGUUCUGCCACAAAACAAUAAAAGUAUGCACAGCUGUGGACGUUACACCAAUGACGGAUGAAGAGUCAGGAAAGGCGCAAAUUCUGAGUGAUGAAGAGAAGGAGAAGACAAUUGAAAAGAUGAUGAAUAAAUUAAAGAAGGAUUCUGAAGAGGUGGAUGAUGAACUUUGA